GUGAUGGAGACUCCUCUUGAGAAGGCUUUGACCACGAUGGUCACCACUUUUCACAAAUAUUCAGGGAGAGAGGGUAGCAAACUGACCCUGAGCAGGGAGGAACUGAAGGAGCUGAUAAAGACGGAAUUGAGUCUUGGGGAGAAGAUGAAGGAGAGUAGCAUUGGUGACCUGAUGAAGAGUCUGGACAAGAACAGCGACCUGGAGAUCGAUUUCAAGGAGUACUCGGUGUUCCUGACCACGCUGUGCAUGGCAUACAACGACUUUUUCCUGGAGGACAACAAGUGACCGGCGCU